GGAUGUCCGAGGCACCCGGGUACCCAGGACGCUGACGGUGCCACCGAGGAUGGGACGGCGCCCGCAGCUCCGGCUCGUCAAGGCCCUUCUCCUGCUGGGCUUGAGCCCCGUCUCCAGCUCCACCCAGAGCCAGCCUUGCGAGAGCCUCUCCCUGGCCAGCAACAUCUCUGGACCGCAGUGCAAUGCCUCCGUGGACCUCAUCGGCACCUGCUGGCCCCGGAGCCCCGCCGGGCAGUUGGUGGUUCGGCCCUGCCCUGCGUUUUUCUACGGAGUCCGCUACAACACCACAAACAACGGCUACCGCGAGUGUCUGGCCAAUGGCAGCUGGGCGGCCCGUGUGAAUUACUCUGAAUGCCAGGAGAUUCUCAAUGAGGAGAAAAAGAGCAAAGUGCACUACCAGGUUGCCGUCAUCAUCAACUACUUGGGCCACUGCAUCUCCCUGGUGGCCCUCCUGCUGGCCUUCGUCCUCUUCCUGCGGCUCAGGAGCAUCCGCUGCCUGCGAAAUAUCAUCCACUGGAACCUCAUCUCAGCCUUCAUCCUGCGCAAUGCCACAUGGUUCGUGGUCCAGCGCACCAUGAGCCCCGAGGUGCACCACAGCAACGUGGCCUGGUGCAGGCUGGUGACCGCAGCCUACAACUACUUCCACGUGACCAAUUUCUUCUGGAUGUUCGGUGAGGGCUGCUACCUGCACACAGCCAUAGUGCUUACCUACUCCACCGACCGGCUGCGCAAGUGGAUGUUCAUCUGCAUUGGCUGGGGUGUGCCUUUCCCCAUCAUUGUGGCCUGGGCCAUCGGGAAGAUGUAUUACGACAAUGAGAAGUGCUGGUUUGGCAAAAGGCCCGGAGUGUACACUGACUACAUCUACCAGGGCCCCAUGAUCUUGGUCCUGCUGAUCAAUUUCAUCUUCCUUUUCAAUAUCGUCCGCAUCCUCAUGACCAAACUUCGGGCAUCCACCACAUCUGAGACCAUUCAGUACAGGAAGGCUGUGAAGGCCACACUGGUGCUGCUGCCUCUCUUGGGAAUCACCUACAUGCUGUUCUUUGUCAACCCCGGGGAGGAUGAAGUCUCCCGGGUCGUCUUCAUCUACUUCAACUCCUUCCUGGAGUCCUUCCAGGGUUUCUUCGUGUCUGUGUUCUACUGUUUCCUCAACAGCGAGGUCCGCUCUGCUGUCCGGAAGAGGUGGCACCGAUGGCAGGACAAGCACUCCAUCCGUGCCCGCGUGGCCCGCGCCAUGUCCAUCCCCACCUCCCCAACCCGGGUCAGCUUCCACAGCAUCAAGCAGUCCACGGCUGUCUGA